CCCCCCGCUCCUUUCAACUAAAAUAAAAAGUUGGUGUAAAAAUUUAUUGCAUAAAAAAAUCGUGUAGUAUUGAGUGAAACCAGAAAUUAGUGCAAAAUGUCUGAAAAUACCAAAUAGGAAUUUAAAAAAAAAAAACAAAACAAAAAAAUAAUACACACAAAAAGAAAAAGAAAAUGUGAAAAUAAUUUAUAAAUAGAAUUCGCUUAACGGAACGAAUAAAAACGAAAUAAAUACUAGCAAGCAAGAACGACGGAAAAAUAAAACACAAAUUUAAUGCGAAAACUCAAAAUACAAAAAGCAACAUUAAGAAGAAAAUUAAACAAAAAAAGAAAAAAAAGUAUUGAAAGUGUAAGGCAAAUAAAGAAAAUGUGAAAAUUUUAUAAAGAAAAUUUUAACUCGAAAAAAAGAGCCAAAACAAAUUUAAGGAAUCUUUAAAAAAAGAAAAACUAGGUGGUUGGAAAAAAGGAAUUAAACAAAAAAUAAUAUUAAUUUUAAGAAGAAAUUUAAACAAAAUGCAGUCCUCUUCAGCAGCGGGCUCCAGCCCUUUAAACACUAAGACCAGCAAUAAGUUGCAAGUAAAUCCGGGAAAAACUAAUAGCCUGAAAACUAAAUCUACAACUGUGCUAAAUUUAAGCAAUCCCUCGGCUAGCAAGGAUUUAGAAACUUCUUUGGAAAUUGAGAAAAUAUCGAAAAAGAUAUCCGAACAUGCAGAUGCUUUGUAUAGAACCUGGAAAAGUCAUGGUUUGGCACCCACCGAAAUAUUGGAUUUGUAUAAUGUGGAUACAGGGGUGGCGUCGGGGGCCAUAGUGGAUGAUAAAAGUACCGAAGAUUUACAGAAACUGGUGAAUACUUUUGUUAACAAAGAUAAAGAACAAAGAGGAGUUAAAACGGCGGCCGGUAAAACCAAAUUAACGGCAACAAAUAAAUCAGAAAUACAGCCUAAAAUAAUAGAGCAUAAAAUAAACACCUCUAGCAACAAGUUGCCAGCAACAUUAACUUCCGGCCACAGCAAUGUAACGGCGCCUGUGCUCAAGAGAGUCAAUGUUUUGACAGAAACACCCACACAACAACAACAACAUACAGUUAUAAAAAAAUCAACACCCUCCAACACAAAAUCACCAAAUUUCCUAAUGAAAACCAACACGACAGAUGCCACAGAUAGCAGCAGUUCCAGCUCCCCCAAAGUAACAAAAUUAAAAACCAUUAAACAGGGGGCAAAUCUAAAUGAGGCGGCAAAAUUGGGAGUCUCUGCAAGAACUCCCUCCCCAGCCACAAACCCGAAAACCCUAACAUCACCCAGCAAAUCUUUAGAUAUUGAUAUAGAUUUCAAUUUGGAUUUAGACCUAAACCUAGAUGUGCACAAAUUGAGUCAACAGCAAACUCACAAUUUGCAAAAGAUCAAAGAACUGCUCAAGGAACCCAACAAAUCGCCCUCGUUGCUGAAUGCAAGCAAAAUACCGGGUGCUGUAGUGGAGCCCACGCCGGCAAAGGCGGCCAAAGAAGUGAAAGUAAAGAAAUCAGUGGCCGAGAAAAAUAAACAAAAUGAAGAAACGCCGGCACAAAAGAAAACGCCGAACGAGACACAGGCCACCAAAAAACUUGGCAACAAACUGAAAACAGCAGACUCGACGACAAUACAAACGAUCAGCAAAGCACAUGAUUUGAAUCCAACAAUUGCAUUAAAAGAGGAAACAACAAAAAUACACGACAACAAUAGAGACGGCAAUAUUGUCACGGCGGCAACAACACAGCCUCAAAUCAAUAAAAAACGCACGAAUUUAGCAAACGCCAGCAGCAGCGGCGUUAGCAGCUCACCCCUUAGCAUUACUAACGGCAAUGUAACGUCUCUCUUAGAAGAUCUAAAGCAAUCCACCACUAUUAACAGCAACGGCGGCAUCACAACCGAUCAAUUACUACAAUCUGCCUUGAUAAAAACACAGAAGUCUUCAAACAAAACGGUUAAAGCGCCCAAAUUAAAAGAAAAAUCCUCCACGAAAUUGGAAACCAACAACAAGGAUUCACUAACAUCGGCGGCCACGGUAGGGCCAGUGAAAACAUCAGCGCUUAACGGCGUAACAGCUUCACCAGCAACACAGCAGCCAAUAAAACCCUCAGCGGCCAUAAUAGAAAGCGAUAUUCAAAAUAUGGAAACACAAAGCAGUAGUAAUAGUAGUACAACCAUGCCAACACCCACGAAAUUGAAAUCGAAUCGUUCCCUUAGCAAUGGCCAAGAAAAAUCUUUACGCAGUCCGUUUUUAACGCGUGGUUCAGUGGCCGAGCGUGUUAUGAUUUUUGAAAAAUGUCCAGAUGUAAGGAAUUCAUUUUUAAACAUUAAACGUCCCGAUAGAUCAGAUGCUCCACCCAGAUCUUUACUAAAGGUUAAAUUACAUGCCACGCCUCCAUCACCCAACGAACAGAACUUAAUACAAAGGGAAUUGAAAAAUACCAAAAGUGUUUACAUACCCAGAUUCUAUUUUCCUCAUGGCAAACCUCAACCCACAAUUGCCCUGGAACGUACAUUGCGUGGCAUUUUGUCAGCGUUUGAUACAUUUCCCAACAAUCAGGUUACCAAAGAUGAGUUGCCGCGUAUUUUGAAAAUCUGUGGUCUACCCUACUAUUGGCGCAUGCCGGUAAUGGUGUUUUGCCAGCAACACAAUUCGGGUCUGGUGGAACGGCAAAGAUUUGUGGAAUUUUGGAAACAAAUGAAUGUGUAUUGCCAUGAUGAUGCCUCACGUUUUGUUUAUAUAUUGUCGCGUGGCCAACGUAUGCGUUCCUAUAUACUGCCCGAAGAUUUGGCGCCCUUGGUGCAAGACGUUGUUGAUACACAUCCGGGUUUGGCGUUUCUCAAAGAGGCCACCGAAUUUCAUUCCAGAUAUGUACACACCGUUAUAGCACGAAUAUUCUAUUCGGUUAAUCGCAGUUGGUCGGGUAAAAUUUCCAUAUCCGAAUUGAAAAAAUCCGAUUUAUUAGAGAUUGUUACCCUGUUGGAGGAGGAGGAUGACAUCAACCAGAUCAUGGCCUUUUUCAGUUAUGAACAUUUCUAUGUGAUCUAUUGUAAAUUUUGGGAAUUGGAUAAAGAUCAUGAUUUGCUUAUAAGUCAAGAUGAUUUGGCCCGUCACAGUGAUCAUGCUCUGUCUACACGUAUUGUGGAACGCAUCUUUUCCGGUUGUGUGACACGCACUGACAACAAAAAACAUCCCGAUGAUGAGUCCAAAAUGUCUUAUACAGAUUUUGUUUGGUUCCUAUUGUCCGAAGAGGAUAAACGCACACCCACCGCCAUUGAGUAUUGGUUCCGUUGUAUGGAUAUCGAUGGUGAUGGUUUGUUGUCCAUGUAUGAAUUGGAGUAUUUUUAUGAGGAGCAACAGCAGCGCAUGGAAUCGAUUGGCAUUGAAUCGUUGCCAUUUGAGGAUUGUCUGUGUCAGAUGUUAGACAUGAUCAAACCCAAACGCCGAGAUGCCGUCACUUUGGGUGACCUGAAGAACUGUAAAAUGACACAUGUGUUCUUUGACACCUUCUUUAAUUUGGAAAAAUAUUUAGAUCAUGAACAGCGUGAUCCAUUUGCCUCACAAAGAGAUGAAUAUGCUACCGACUGGGAUCGUUUUGCUGCCCAAGAAUAUGAACUCUUAAUAACCGAGGAAAAUGAGUGAUCGCAAAAUGGAAGUUAUCAGCCUUAAUCAGCCCUCCUACUUAUUAUAUUUUUAAUAUUUAUUAUACAAUUUUUAUACCUUUUUAAACACACUAUUAAACUAUUAUUUGCUUUUCUUCAUUUUAAAACUUAGAAUUUAUAGUUCAAAAACUAACUUUUUUUAAAAAAAAAAAACAAAUUUCCUAAUUUAUUGUUAAAUAAUCAAAAUCUUUUUUUUUUAAAAAAAUUAGUUGGAAUUUUAGUUAAAUACCCUUAAUUUACUUUGUUAUUUAAUUUUCUCUUUAUUAUUUUUUCUUUUAAUUUUAUGAAUUUUUAAUUUUUAAAAAUAAUUCAAAACCCUGUAAAAUUCCCUUUAAGUUUAAAAACGAAAUUUUUCAAAAAUUUAUUUUAAUUGGAAAAAGAAAUUUCCUGAUUAUAAACAAAAUCAAUUUAAAUACAUAUAAAAAUAAAAAGUAAAAAAAGAAAACCAAAGAUUUAUUUUGCAUAUGUUUUUAACAUCAUCAUUAUUAUUAUUAUUAAUUAAUAAAGAAAAAUAAUUAAAAUAAAUACUAUUUAUAUUAAAACAAAAUACAAACAAAUAAACCAGAAAACUUUAAUUAAUUUUAAA